AUGACAAACACGCUGAGAGAUCACCUGGCUAAUUCUAUGUACCGCCGGCACUGAAAUGAUCGUCAUGUUUCGGUUUAUACAACUGAGCUUGACGAUUGUAUUACAAAUAUUACUUUACGUUUUUCUGCAUCCCCGUGAAACAGAUUGUGCCACACUUACUGGGCGAGAAAGCGUGGUAUUUCCAAAGUUAUUAGAAAGUCGGAGCAACAAUGGAGCUAAGGUGCUGAGAAUUAACGAAGAUCUUACAUUGACCCUUGAAAAGAGUUCUGUUUUAAGCAAGAACUUUCUCCUCAGGACUUACGAAGAUCGCAUCAUGAAGCACAGUUAUCAUGACGGCGAAGUGCUAGAAGAAGACCUGUACCAUGACCUUCGUACUUUCUCUUCUGUUAUGGUAUCUGAAGACAACGGACUCGAAGUGGAAGGUGUUGUCGGACCAGGACUGCGAAUAAGACCAUUGAGAGGAGGGACGAGCAAUGGGGAAGGACGUACUCCCCACGUUCUUUACGAAAACAGUGAUGAUGCUUCCAUUCAAACCGGUGUGAAUGAUGGCGUCGGAGGGGCUAGGUCCUUGAACAUUUCCCAACGCGACGAUAAACGUGAUGAAAGUGAUAAUGAGGCGCGUGUAGAGUUACUGGUGGCCGUGGACAGCACAUUUCGACGCCAAUUCACAAGUGUUACAACAUUGCUGAAAUACCUCACCAUUACCCUGAAUUCGGCGAAUGUGAGGUACACGACGGUGAGGAAUCCCAGCGUAAGACUCAAGCUUCACGCAGUGGAAGUACUCGAGGAAUACAUGGAACAAUUUCUCCACCGUGUAGACCGUUACGUCGCUGCUCUUCGGAGCCUGGAAUCCUUCAGGCAGUAUGUGCAGCAACAUCCUGAGAAGUAUGGCUUAUACGAUGCAGUAUACCUGAUCACCGGACUCGACAUGGCCCGAUACACCGGAUACGGUUGGGAUAGGGAGCUUCAGGGCCUCGCAUAUGUGGGAGGUGCCUGCACGUAUCGAAAAGUCGGCAUGGGUGAAGACAAAGUGGGAACUUUCUUCGGAGUGCGAAUAUUUGCCCACGAAGUGGGACAUUUGUUGGGGUGUCCACACGAUGGCGAGCAAUAUAGUAUGUAUUCAGCCACAGGUUGUCCCUGGCACGACGGCUUCAUUAUGAGUUACAAAGUUGCGGACAGCCGAAGCAUGAAGUUCUCUCCAUGCUGCAAUGACAUGAUCAGGCUGCAUGUAAGUUCGCCACAGGGUACUUGUUUGCGAAGACAAGACACGAAGCGCAGUAUUAAAAAGACCAACUUCACAAAAGGGUUACCUGGAGAAUAUUUAACCAAGAAAGAUCUCUGCAAAUCAGCCUUCCCCGAAGUUCAGCAGACGUACCUGAUGGAGGGUGGAGACAACAGCCGGUGCCUCGGGCGCUGCUACAUUCCCGAAUACAUUUAUCGUGUCGGAUUCAAAACAACGGUCUUCCCUGACAACUUCCCGUGCUCCGCAAAUAAUGGCGAAGGCAUAGUCACCCCGCGAAUGCGUAUCGCACCGCUUUCGACACAGAAGCGAAGUUCGGAUGGCCGUGUUGCGCACCAACUGAUAGAAAUUCAAGACGAGCUAACAAGUGACAGUGGAGAUUACGAAGUCGCUUCCUAUCCAACCACGCGAACUUUCAACGGUGCCAUGGGGAGAAAUGAAAGUAUCCAUAUUUCGGAACGAUCAUCUGAAACUAUACGUCCCGAGCUUUUCGUUGUGGUGGACUCCCUGUUCGCGCGGGUUUUCAGCAGUACCGCCAACAUCAUUAAAUAUGUCGCCAUAUGCGUAAAUGCUAUAAACCUGAGGUACUUGGGAGUUACUGAUCCAAAAGUCAAGCACAAACUUGUCGGGCUGGAGGUUACAACGGCUGAACAGGAAUGGUUUCUACGGAGAGUGACCCGGGAUCCAAGAUACGUUCACGCUCAAGGCACCCUUGCCUCUUUCAAAACUUACGUAACGCAAAAUCGGGAGCUCUACAAUAACGCUGACGCUGUCUUCCUGUUAACAGGACAGGACUUGGCAACGAUAAAGAAUUAUGAAGUAAACAAUCGCACUGGUGGUUAUGCGUAUAUUAGGACUGUCUGCAGUGAACAUAAAGUAGGGGUUGGAGAAGACCGACCACCUACAUUUAAGGGUGUUCAUGUAAUGGCACAUGAAAUUGGACAUAUCCUAGGUUGCCUACACGAUGGUGAAGAUUCCCCUUUUCCAAAUCAAGACAUCCCUGGCUCUCGGGAGUGCCCUUUCGAACACGGGUACCUGAUGAGUUAUAUACGGAAAGACAGCAACACUUACAAGUUUUCUCCGUGCAGCAUCCAACAGAUUAGAGAGACAGCACGGUCCCAAAGUGGGUCCUGCCUCCACGUAUUAAACAAUGUUCGAACGCUGCUGAAAAGGUACAAAUAUCUCCCCGGACAAAUGAUGACCAGGACCCAGCAGUGUCAGAAUGCUUUUCCAACUGAGAAGAAUGUAGAGUUCAUAGCAGAAAUGGGUGUAAAAGACUGUACCAUUAGAUGUGGAAAUGCAGGGAAGAAAAAAACUUCAGAAUACAAGCUUCUUGUGCUGAGUGAUGGAACACCCUGUAAAAAAAAGCGUGGCAAGACAUACAACUGCAUCAAUGGCCUAUGCCUGAAAAUGAAGAAAUCGUAUGGAUACGAAGCAGUGCCCUGAGGGCGUAGGAAACAUGGGAUUGCGCGUCGAUUUGCAAAUUAAAGGGCAGUGCCUAUGUCUCCUUGUGAAC